AAUCUAUUAUUCUGUGAUCAUUUCAAAUUCUGGUCCACUGGACAGGGCACAUAGUCGAUCAAAGCUCGUCACGAACCGAUUUCGGAUGAGGGAACAAAUUCUGUGGCUAAAAUGACACUAAAUCGUUUAUUACUACGGGCAGCAAGCGCCAGCAAGAUUGGGAGUCGGUCUGCAUUCACCGCAGCAAAGCCAGAUCACACCAACCCCAAUUGGCUGCGUGUGGGCCUAGCGUUCGGGACGUCCGCUUUCCUCUGGGGCCUGCUCUUCAAACAGCACAGCACUGAUGUGCAUGAGUACAAAGUGAGGAAUGGCCUGGAAUGAAUCGCUAUGACAACAUGACUAUUUCGUGGAUCCAUCAGGGUGAUCUGAAUAUGUCUUCACACUUUUUUUUUCCUUCUGUAUUUUUAUUUUGUUUUAAUGAUCCCAUGUCCUGGGCAUAAUAUCUAGUUCUAUGUGUAAUAAAGAGAUUACUGUA